AUGUUCUCUUUGGUUAUUGAGGUUUUCCAAAUUAUUCGAGAAGAUGGUGUUAAUCCUAGUCAGAGAGGUGAAGCAUUUUCCAUAUUAAGUGUUAUACCUACUUAUGAAUUUGCAUUCAUUUUGCACUUGAUGAUGACUAUCUUGGGAAUCACUAAUCAGUUAUCUUUAGCAUUGCAAAGGAAAGAUCAAGAUAUUGUGAAUGCUAUGGAUUUAGUUAGGGUGGCAAAACAACAUUUACAAGAUAUGCUGGAUGAAGGAUGGGAGUCUCUCUUGAGCGAAAUAUCUGCAUUUUCCAUGAAAAAUGAUAUUGAUUUCAUAAAUAUGGAUGACAAAUAUGUGACUCCGGGACGACCUCAAAGGAAAGGAGAAGUUUUGACAAAUUUGAAUUACUUCCGGUUUGAGCUUUUCAAUAGCAUUAUCAAUUGGCAACUUCAAGAGCUCAACAAUCGCUUCAACGAGGUAAAUACACAUUUGCUUCUAUGUGUGGCUUGUUUAAGCCCAAAGGAUUCUUUUGCUGCUUUUGACAAGUCCAAAUUGAUAGAGCUUGCCCGUUGUUAUCCAUCGGAGUUCACAGAGAUUGAUCUUCGGUUGCUUGGUAAAUAA